CCAUAACUUCGGCUCCAUCGACCCGUCUGUCUUCGGAGUGCCCAUCCCCAUCAUGUCUGUGAUGGCGGACCAGCAGGCGGCCAUGUUUGGAGAGUGCUGCUUCAACGUUGGGGAUGUCAAGAUCACCAUGGGAACAGGGACCUUCAUGGACAUCAACACAGGCAGCAAGCCCCAUACCUCAGUGGCAGGUCUGUACCCUCUUGUGGGGUGGAAGAUUGGCUCCGAGGUGGUGUACCUGGCGGAGGGGAACGCAGCAGACACAGGCACGGCCAUCCGAUGGGCGCAGGAGCUGGAGCUCUUCUCAGAUGUCAGUCAGACCAGCUCCAUGGCUUACAGCGUGCCCGACUCAGAUGGGGUGUGCUUCGUCCCGUCUUUCAGCGGCCUGCAGGCUCCUCUGAAUGAUCCCAAAGCGUGCGCUUCCUUGAUGGGCCUCAAACCUUCUUCCACCAAGAGCCAUCUGAUCCGGGCCAUUCUGGAGUCGGUCGCCUUCAGAAACAAGCAGCUGUAUGAGACCAUGCUGCGAGAGACGAACAUCCCCAUCACCAACAUCAGGGUGGACGGCGGCGUUUCCUCCAAUGACUUUGUCAUGCAGCUAACUGCCGACCUGUGUGGUAGAAAGCUGGUCCGACUGCAGCACAGAGAGAUGUCCUGUCUAGGAGCUGCUCUGGUGGCUGGACUCGGGACGGGCUUCUGGAGAACACGGGAGGAGCUGAGGAAGCUGCAGAGCACAGACGAGGUGUUCCUCCCACGAGGAGCAGCCACGGGGGGGCCAUGUGAGGAGUACGCCCCCAUCCUGCGGCGCUGGGAGAGGGCUCUGCAGCGCUCCAUGAACUGGUACAAGCCCUGAGGACCAGCACAAGCACAGCAGGAGGAGACCAGGAGGACCAGCAGCCUGGAAGUGAGACUGAUAGGAGAUGAAAAAUUGGUUUUGGAGGAAAGUGUCUGGAUGCUCCUUCAAGAAGGAGGAGUGGUGUGAUGCAUGAGCCUCCUUCAAGGAGGAGGAGCCUGAUGCCUGAACCCGUGGUUCAGGUUGAUUCUUCUCUCGUUCUAAACCAAGCCCAGCUGUGGUUCAGUGACUUGACAGAAACAUUCAAGCAUUUUUUGGGAAACGACCCACAACAGGUAGAGACCAAACAGCACUAAACAGAUUAACCUCAGUGUCUUCAGUGUUUGCUUUUUAAUGAUUCAGAUUCGUUAUGUUGGUUUUUGAUUCUCUGUUUUCCUUUUACUCUUGUGGUACCUCAUGUUUUUCUGAGGGUUCUUCAUCCUCCUUCUCCAGUCCAAAAACGUGCAUGUUUGUUGGAUCGGUGGCUCUUCCCUCUUCUGAACAAGAUGUUAUGGAUUAAUAUGAUCCGACUCAGUCCUGAGUCAUGUCAGUUCUCCUGCCCUGCACUCUCUUCCCUCUGACAGGGAGGGGCAUCCUCUGGUCUGCUGGGAUGGAGCAGGGAAACGGUGGAAUUGAGGACCAAGAGCAGAGACACUAGUCUGGGUCCAGCUUUUAUGGCUGAUGUGACUAUUUUCUGCAUUCAGUUGUUUGUAACAAUACUCGUGUUUUUAUGGAACUCCUCAUCUCUGCAAGUGAGCACUUCAAUACUGAAAGUUUAACAAGACAUUU